UCCUCUCUCCACCCCCGGCCGGGGCAUGCUGGGAGACGUAGUUCUUCCCGGACGGCUGCCGGAGAACCGAGCGAGCGAGCGAGCGAGCCGGCCGGGCGCCGCCGCAGCCAUGGACCCCCCCGCCGCCGGGGUCUCCGUCCGGGCGUGCCGAGCCGAGGACUGCGCGGACGUGGGGCGCAUGAUCCGGGAACUGGCAGUCUUUGAAAAACUUCCCGAGCAGGUCAAAAUCACGGAUGAAGGGCUUUGCGAAGACGGCUUCUGUCAAGACCCCUUCUACAAAUGCGUCGUGGCCGAGCUCCCCCCUGAAUGCCGGAGCAAAGAGGGGCACACCAUCAUAGGGUACGGCCUGUAUUUUUUCACUUACAGCACCUGGAAAGGCAGGAACAUCUACAUGGAAGACCUCUAUGUGAUGCCAGAAUUUCGGGGGAAAGGAGUCGGAAGGAAGCUCCUGAGCGAGAUCGCUAAGAUCGGCUUGGAAAAAGGCUGCUCUCAGAUGAGGCUCGGGGUGCUGGAUUGGAACCGUGGGGCCAUCGACUUCUACCUCCGCCGAGGGGCGGUGGAUUUGACAGCCACGGAGGGCUGGCACUUCUUCCGGUUUGAAGCAGAGGCUCUGCAGCAGCUGGCGCUGGGGGAGGCGGGCACAGGAGGUGGGCUCAGGUCAUCAAGGGCACAGGGUCCCGCCUCUGCUGGAAGGGAAGCAGCCAGAGGGUUUCUCCCAGGCCCUCAGAAUCUGCACAGGCUGACCCAGGAUUAAUAAAACAGUAAUAAAACAGUAAUAAAAGCCUAGAUUUCUA